AUGGAAGAGAGGAAACAAUCUCGAUUAUUAUUCGCACCUCCUUUACAAGCUUAUUCAGCUGAAUAUCCUGGUGCUAAUUCAUUAGAAUUAGAAUAUACUAUUCAAUCAACUAAUUCAAGUUAUCGUCAUACCAAGAAAUUCUUAACUACUACUCCAUUAAUACAACUGAGAAUCGAUCAAUUGGAAAGAAUUAGAGCAACAGGUUAUAAUACUAUACGACCUAUUGGGAUUUAUACAACUUUAGCAGACAUUGAUUUCAAUGCUAAUCAAUAUAGUAAUCAAAGUGAUGAUCAAAUUGAUGAUCAAUCCUAUCUUAAUGCUGCUGAAAAUUCCCAUGAUAAUCGUAAUUCUCGUGUCCGUUUUGAUAAUAAUAGUAAUAGCAAUGUUAAUCGAAGUAGUCAUGUUAGUACUGCUCAUAUGAGUUCAGGUUAUGAUUCUAUGUCAGGUGUAUCACUUAAUAAUAUUGGUCGACAAUUAUUAGAUCAAUCUCAAGAUGAUUUGGAUGCUAAUUUAAUAGAUGCUGACAAUGAGGAUGGAAUGGAAGGAUUUGAUGAGAGUGAAGAAGAAUAUUAUGACCCAUUGAAUUUAGGUCAAGCUCAACCACAACGUAGACAUGAUAGAUCACAAGAUUCAAGUUCAAGUAGUAUUGGUCAUAGUACUGGUAAUCAUAAUAGUAUAAAUGCUAAUGCAACUUUCCGAACUAUACAUCUUCAAGAAGAUGAAGGAUUUAUGGCUGAUGAAGUUGAAUAUCAAGAUGAUCAUAGUUUAAAUGCUGAAUAUGUGACUAAUUCAGUAUCUACUGCAUUUUCAUCCAUGAAUAAUUCAGGUAGAAGUUUAAUUACAAACUCCACUACUUUGCCAAGUACAGCAGGUCCAGUACAUUCUAUAAGUAGAUUAAGAGAGUUUGAUGAAGAUAAUGAAAAUCAAAAUGAAAAUGAGAAUCAAAAUGAAAAUGAAAAUGAAGAUGAUGAAGAUGCAUCUAAUCUAGAUAUGAUAGUUGAAGGUAAUUAA